AUGUUUACUUUAAUCAUCCUAGGGCUCUGUGUUUGCUUAUUCCUCAUUCAACUCAUAACCUUGAGGCCCAAGAACUUUCCACCUGGACCCAUUAUCCUGCCGCUUCUCGGGAAUGUGUUAAACAUAAGCUUGGAGAACCCCUUGAAUGACUUUGAGAGGCUGAGGAAGGCUUAUGGAAAUGUCUACAGUCUGUACAUUGGUUCCAAACCAGCUGUAUUCAUCAAUGGUUUGAAGGCCAUGAAGGAGGCUAUGGUGUCUAAGGCUACUGAUUUUGCUGGACGACCCCAAGACCUGUUUGUCAAUGACACCACCAACAGGAGAGGAGUGAUUCUGGCAGAUUAUGGCUCCAGUUGGAGGGAGCAUCGUCGCUUUGCUCUGAUGACUUUGAGGAACUUUGGUCUGGGGAAGCAGUCCAUGGAGGAGAGGAUUCUGGGAGAGAUGCAAUAUGUCAUGAAUACACUGGAAAAGAGCAUUGGCAAAACCUUGAGCCCUCAACUUAUGUUUCAUAACGCGGCAUCCAACAUAAUCUGCCAGGUUCUGUUUGGUAAACGCUACGACUAUGAUGAUGAGUUCAUCACAGUGCUUGUUCAGUGCUUCACUGAGAAUGCCAAGCUAGCCAAUGGACCAUGGGCUAUGCUGUAUGACUCCUUUCCCAUGAUUCGUAACCUGCCGCUGCCCUUCUCCAAGGCCUUUAAGAAUGUUAAGACUUGUCAGCGUAUUGCAAAGCGUGUGUUGGCUGAACACAAGAACACCAGAGUCCCUGGAGAGCCACGAGACUUUGUUGACUGCUAUCUGGAUGAAAUGGAUAAGGUGUGUGUAUGUGUAGGUGACGAUUCUUCAUUUUCAGAAGAAGAACUCUCUAUGUACGCUCUUGAUAUUCACUUUGCUGGGACUGACACUACCUCCAACACUCUGCUUACUGGUUUCCUUUACCUUAUGACCCACCCACACAUACAAGAGCGUUGUCAGCAGGAGAUAGACCAGGUGUUGGAAGGGAAGGAUCGGGCCAGUUUUGAGGACAGAAACAACAUGCCUUACAUGCAGGCUGUGAUCCAUGAAGUGCAGAGGAUCGCCAACACUGUGCCACUCAGCGUCUUCCACUGUACGACAAAAGACACAGAGCUCAUGGGAUAUUCCAUUCCUAAGGGUACAAUGAUCAUCCCUAACUUGACCUCAGUGCUGAAGGAAGAGGGACAGUGGAAAUUCCCCCAUGAAUUCAACCCUGAAAACUUCCUCAAUGACCAGGGAGAAUUUGUCAAACCAGAGGCCUUCAUGCCUUUCUCUGCAGGUCCUCGUAUGUGUCUUGGAGAGGGUCUGGCUCGUAUGGAGCUCUUCCUCAUCAUGGUGACUCUGCUGAGGAAGUUUAAGUUCAUCUGGCCUGAGGAUGCAGGAGAGCCAGACUACACUCCAGUCUAUGGGGUCACUCUGACUCCCAAACCUUAUCGUAUGAAGAUCGAACGCAGGGCAACGCAGUAAAGUGGUCUGCAGACACACAGCAGAGACAGUGGAAAUGAACCCAGUUAAUCAUCCACAGCCAGUUAUGCCUGAGAACAAAUAUGAUGGCUUUUGUGCUACUCUUACUGACCAUUAACAAUACAUGUAAAAUGUGCCAAACGCUGGGUGGUCAUUCCCGUCGAAGUUCUGUAUUAUAUAAUAUUAAUACAUAAUAUUACUCAAAUAAUAUUGAUUAGUUAUUAUGAACUUUGUAUUUGUA